GGAAAACCGCACCGCGGCACCAAGGCACAGAAAGCCAAACGCAUAGGUUUUCAAUUCAAGAAUAAAUGGACGCGAGAAGGAAAAUCUACCUGCUUCCAAAGAACUCAGACAAUGGAAAUAUUCCAGUUUCCAUUCCGGAUGAAGAGCAGCUUUUCAUCUGAAAUCCAAGGAAACCUUCCCAGUCUGGUCUGACGAAGCCCACUUCAACUGCUAGACAACAGUAUGGAUGAAAGACGCCAAUAGUCCGAAUAAGAAGACCCGCAGCCGAUCUCGCAUGUUGUGACUGAACGAACUUGCGAAUUAUCCCCGCGUCUGCAUCUCAUAAUUUACAGCGCGUACUCGUUUUCUAAAGAAAGGGGUUUGAGGGGAGGAGGAGGAGGAGGAGGGAUGCGUUGUGUUGCUUCGUAGCGUUAAACAAUACAAUCAAGGGAGAAAGAUGAGCGAAGUUCAAGACGUCAGGGAUGUUAAGAAGAUCUUCGUUGCUCCAACAAUAAAGUCUUUUGAGCACUAUGACUUCUCCCGAGCCAAAAUCUGUUGCAGCCUCACAUGGCUGGUGGCCAAAGCGUACGGGACAGACAGCAUCCCGGCGGACCUGAAGGAGCCAUUCUACACGGACCAGUAUGAGCAGGAGCACCUGAAGCCUCCCGUGACCAGCCUCCUGCUGUCCGCCGACCUCUACUGCAGGGCCGCCAGCCUCGUCCUGAAGAGCGACGCUCAGGAGCCCCUGCUGGGCCCCGAUGCCGUCAUUCAGGCGCUGGCCCAGCGCGGACUCUACGUCACCGACCAAGAGAGGCUGGUGACUGAGAGGGACCUCCGGAAAAGGCCUCUGCAAAUGAGCGCCCACCUGGCGCUGAUCGACGCCCUGAUGAUGGCGCACACGGUGGAGACGGUGAGCGUUGAGAAGGUGGUGGCCUGCAUUCGUCAGUAUUCGUCCCGAGACCCUGAGGUGGAAACACCUUAUGAUACAGAGGACGCCGUCAACACCUGGAUCAACAAGGUAAACGAGUACCUGAAAGACGUCGUAGCUCAGGAUCAAAGGAAGCGGGAGACGGAGGGCGCCGAGCCUGCUGGGAGUCCUCGGUCUCCAACCAAGUGGUACAUGAAGCUUGUGCCCGCGCGCUACAGGAAGGAGCAGUCGUCCACCCAGCUGGUUCCCUGGAUCCCCCCAGUGGACAACCUGCUGAAAGACAGCGCGGACGGCUCGGCGCUGGGCGCUCUGCUGCACUUCUACUGCCCUCAGCUGCUGCCGUUGGAGGACGUUUGCCUGAAGGAGAACAUGACGCUGGCCGAUCGGCUGUACAACCUGCAGCUCAUCCAGGACUUCUGCAAAGACCACCUGAGCAGCUGCUGCCACUUCAGCCUGGAGGACAUGCUGUACGCCUCCUCCAGCAUCAAGAACAACUAUUUAGUGUUCAUGGCAGAGCUGUUUGGGUGGUUUGAGGUGGUCAAGCCGUCUUUUGUGAAACCAAGAAUGCUGAACGACGAAGGCACAGAGCCCUCAUCCUUGUUGAAGACCAUUGCAGCUGUCCCCAUCUCCAAGGUAACCAAGAGGAGCUUCAUAGAAAGACCCCCAAGCCCCGAGAGGCCGAGUCUGCCCCUCCGUCCCCAGCCUCGAAACUCAGGAGAGAUCAAGAGGUCAACCUCAAUGUCCUUUGUCGAUGGCAACCUCGGCACCUGGCCCAAAGAAAAACGGUCUGGGCCUUACGGAGUGUCUUUCGACAUACCCUUCGACAAAGAGGGCUCUAGUUCCGCCGGUCCGUCCUCUACACGAGGCAUGGUCCGCUCCGUCAGCUCAGAUGAUGGUUCCGGCUUUAAGGUCCACCAUCUGCCCCACGGAAUGAAGCGUAACCUGUCCUUCCAGCCGGUGAACGGUCAGAAUGUCGGCAUCGAGGAGGAGGGCUGCCCAGACAGCCUGGCUGGUACGGAGCCUUGCAUGCAAGCACCCACCAACGGACACAGAAGUGCCGUGGCAAGCACUCCCUCCAUCGAGGAAGCCCUGGAGAUUAUCCACAGCCCAAGUAGACCCCCAGCGGAGGGGAUCAACAGCGGUUUCUUCCUGCACACUCAGGGCCACCGGGCCGCCGUUGCUGUGCUGGAGCCAGUGUCAGAGUCCGACCCCAAAGGCCCUCUAAGCGCCACAGACACCACCGAGUUGGACACGGGGGUCCACAUCCGGACAGAAGACAUGCUGGAUGAGGAUUCCUCCCUGAAAGACUGCUCGAUGAACAUGGAACUAGAUAUAGACACGCCAAGCCCCUGCCCGAGCAGUCAGAGCAAAUCCCCCAUAGGCUUCAAGAUGACAAGCUUUGCUGAUCAGAAGAAAAGGAAGCAUUCUCCAUCAUUGCCAGACUCGGGCAGGUGCAGCAGCAGCUCCCUUAAAACCACUCCCGAGGGCUCGGAUUUCGCCCCCCCGUUAUCUGUGUCCUGGGCCCCGACCCCUGAGCACAGCCCCGUCCAUCAACAAACCCAGCCUCCCCUCAAGGCUCGAGCGUCGCCCGCACCGAUACAACUGCCAGCCAAUGACCCGGCUCAGGUCAUGGCUACGGAGAUGGUGGAGUUGAGGAUGAGGCUGGAGGAGAAACGCAAGGCCAUUGAAGCGCAGAAAAAGAAAGUGGAGGCUGCUUUUACAAGACAUCGGCAAAAGAUGGGUCAUUCAGCGUUCCUCAAUGUGGUGAAGAGGAAAGGGGACGGGGCUGCCAGCGCAGAGGAAGGAGGCAAAACGAGUCCCACCUUCACGUUCGGGAGGAGCAAGGCCGACACGCCUGAUGGGGCAGAGCAAAGCGGCACAGCCUCCUGUUGGACAAAGUCACCUGGGUCCGGAGAAGACGGGGGUCAAGGCCAUGCUCAGCUGACAGAGGUAGAUCUCACAGAGUAUACACGAUCUAUUGAGAAACUCAACCAUUCUUUAGCCUUCCUUCAGACUGAGAUGCAGCGACUGGCUCAGCAGCAGGAAGUGAUCAUGGCCAUGAGGGAGAAACAACAUCAGCAGGCGUGGGUGAUCCCUCCCCCGCAUACGAGCCCCUCGCCGCAGAAACAGAAUCGAGCUGUGACUAGAUCCUCAGGACCUUCAUCUCCGGCCGACUCCCCUCGCUCCACCCAUCGCUCCCCGACCAGCAUCAAGCGCAAAUCGGCCUCCUUCCACUCUCGCAAUCCCCGCGCCGCCCGACCCAACGAGCUGAAGCUGGCCCCGUACAACCGGGUCCUAACCGCCCCGCAGUCUGUCGACAGCAUCCCCAGGCUGCGGCGCUUUUCUCCCUGCCAGCCGCUGGGGAGUUCUUUUGUUUACAUGGGGGAGAAACCGGACACCGUCGGUCCAGAGGCAGUAGCCUCAGAGGGAGAUAACAGCGAGGGGGCAGAGUCCCUCCUUUCCCCGGAGAAGGAGAAUGCCAGUACACCUGUAGCCGACCCACCGCCCUGCUCCGCAAACCUGCAGGAGGAAAUAGAAAAAGCAGAGCCAGAUUCAGUUCAGAUGCCAGUUGCAGACCCAAAACCAAUAGAGUCAUUUCCUGAGGUUCUGGCCCACCCUGUGGUAGAGACCUUCACCGUGACACCUACAGAGAUUCCUCCCCGACCAGAAGCCUCGGGCCAAGUCAAGAGCAGCUUGAUUGAGGUUCCUCUGUCAGUCCUGAAGCCCCUGGAGGAUCUGACACUCUAUGAUGGUUUGGAUUUGCAGGAGGAGGAUGUGGAAGGCUCAGAUCACGAACCUAAGAUGUCUCGCGGUUUCUUCUUCAAGGAGGAUGGGAAUGCAGAGGAGAACAUGGCUCAGAAGAGGGCUUCACUGUUAGAGAAGAGGAUGAGGAGGGAGAAGGAGAGCCAGCAGAGGAAGAUGCAGCAGGAGGCGGAGUUGGAGCAGAAGAAGGAGGAAGCUCGAAUGAAAGCAGAGGAGGAGCGCACCAGGAAGGAGGAAGACAAGGCCAGGAGGGAGUUCAUCAAGCAGGAAUACCUCAGGAGGAAGCAGCUAAAGCUGAUGGCGGACAUGGAUACUGUCAUUAAACCACGACCAGUCGGGACCAAGCAGAGGCGGGGGCGUCCGAAGUCCAUCCAUCGCGACAGCAUGGACUCCCCCAAAACCCCUGUCAGAGCCGCUACAGGUUCACGACAAAGUGUCUUUUCAGUCUCCAGCUUGUCCCUGGCUUCCCUGAACCUGGGAGACAGCGACAGUGUUCACUCUGAGAAGAGAUCCCCAAGAAGCGCUAGUUUAGCCUCUGGUGGUCUCUUCUUCUUUCUGAGCUCUCCUAAACUGAGAAGGAGAAGACCAGAUUCUGCGGAUGGAUUUCUGUCCCCCAGUCGAUCUAGCAGCAGGAAUGGAGAGAAGGAUUGGGAAAAUGGAUCCACAACCUCGUCGAUCACAUCUAACACAGAGUACACUGGACCAAAGCUGUACAAGGAGCCCAGUGCCAAAUCUAACAAGCACAUCAUCCAAAACGCCCUGGCCCACUGCUGCCUCGCAGGCAAGGUCAAUGAGGGGCCAAAGAACAAGAUCCUGGAGCAAAUGGAGAAAUCCGAGGCCACCAACUUCUUGGUUCUGUUCCGAGACUCCGGCUGCCAGUUCCGCUCUCUCUACACCUGCUGCCCCGAAAUGGAGGAGAUCAACAAGCUGACGGGCAUCGGCCCCAAGAGCAUCACGCGCAAGAUGAUCGACGGCCUCUACAAGUACAACUCGGACAAGAAGCAGUUCAGUCAGAUACCAGCCAAGACCAUGUCGGCCAGCGUGGACGCAGUGACCAUCCACGGCCAUCUCUGGCAAACCAAGAAGCCGGCCACCCCAAAAAAAGUAGUGCCUGCCCAGUCCUAGUGGAACUCGAUACCCCAAACGUCACCGAAUCCCCCCCCCCCCCCUCCCCCUCAAAUGGAACGCACCCGAUUCAAUUUGCACUUCACUGUAAAUAUCCAUGAAGAUUCAAGCACCUGCAAUGCCAGUUAGAUGAAUGCAUAUUUGACUAUUCAUGUUUGUUUUGUGUUAUUCCUCUGAUUGCAUUCCUGUCCUUGUCUUUCCUCCUCGCUGUGGACGGGACAUCGUGGGACUCAAUGAUUAUGAACUGGAAUGUGGGCCACUGUUGAAGAAUGAUGUAGACGCUUCCCACUUCUGAUUGCGUGUAGUUUUUUGUCUCAUAUGUGCCAAACGUCAAAAAAGAGACUGAACGCGAGGACAUUUUACUGAAGCACUGAAUGUUUUUAAGUCGUGUACAGUUUGAUCUUUCUUAGUAUUAUGCUAUUGAUGUGUGGCCUUAAGCAUGUCUUGUUUUAGCGUGUGAGGGCAAUGGGUUGAUUGUUAAACAGCAUAUACUGAGAGGCUUUUUUUGUAAUGGGAGAACGCUCUCUUCUUUGUCUAUGUCGGUUUGAAACGGUUUGUAGAUUAAUGUAUGUAAAAUUACCAAGGGCCAAAAAACGUAUUGCAUACAGCUAGCAAUAGCCACACAGUACAAGUGUGCUCCGAUUAACAAAGCCAAGCGGUUACAGCUUUUUCAGAAGCCUUUUUUGAGAAAGUAAUUGCGGGACGUUUCUGUAGGUGGCUGCUUCUCAACCAGCAGAGCGUUUGGGUUCAAACGUAUGAUGUGUACAAUAUACAAAUAUGCUGUCAUGUUUGUGGUUGUUUUGUCAGAAAACCCUCUCCUCAUUAAACACAGAAGUAGUUGCAACCUCAAGGCGUACUCCGAGAAGUCACAUUGACGGCCAGUGAAAAUAAAAAUCAUCGUUAAGUUAACGUCACCUGGUUUCUUUUCACUUCACAAGGAAGCGUUGCUUCAGCCAAAAAAGAUUGAGAACCUUCUUGAUCACACUGAUCGGUUCCCAGCAAAUCUGUGACCAAAUACAUGCAUUACUUAGAUUGUUUAUAGUUAAUAUAAUGUGUGAAGUAAUUGAAUUCCCCUUUCUCUUCUUAUACAAAUCAGGAUUUAACGUUUUUUGACUCUUUCUUCACAGUAUUAUAUUUUAAGCUUCAUACUGGGUUUAUUUGCCUUAAGUUCUUCAACUAUGAAACUUUAAGGCAGUUUUCGGAAAAUCAAUACAUCUAAAAUAUGAAACCAGUCCUACACUUCUGGGUACCUGCUGCAUUUUACAUAACGCAUCAGUGUGGACCCAAACUAAGCAAUGUUUGCGGAACGUUACCGUUAAACAUGACAUGUCCUAAACAAACCAGUUGAUUCUAUUAGUAGGAUAAUUAAAUGCAUAAGAUAUUGCGAGGCAGAAUGAGUUGUUGCUGCAUACGGGUAGAGACUGAUUGGCGUCAGUGUCACGAUGCUUUGCCACCGAAUGUCAAAGAAACACCAUUCGCAGGUACAUUUUCACCAAAAGCAAUCUGCUUGCAUGGGGCUUGGUUUCUUGGUUACUGAAGGAUAUUCAGGACCAAAGGAAAGCAUGUCCAUGUUUUUGACAAUGUAAUCUAAUAUGAUGUAGGUUUUUUCUUAUAGGCUUAUUAGGAUUUGUUCAAAUAAGCUUUUUUUUCCCUGCUUCCGGCUGUUUCAGGCAAAAUGGUUAUUUUAUCAGUUAUAAUAUUGUACAGAGUUUUCCUGUUAACUCAUAUCUAUUAACUAAGAUUGCUUUGUUUUGUUUGUCAGACAUUGUGCUGCCAUUCAACGUACUGCUGAACGUGUCAUUUAUUAUUUUUAUUUUAUUUGCCGUUUAAUAAAACUAAGCAUGGCCUCAGCA